UUUAUAUUAGGAUGUUAACUAGUGUCUGAUUAACAUUAAUCAAUCCCUAAUGUAAGGAGUUUGAGGAAGUGUUUAUGACAAACGACCUUCCGAUUAAGAUUGCACUGGUAGAUGUUAUACUGGAUGUUGUUGUGUUGAGAGAUGGCGGAGAUACGGGUCAAAUUUAACGUUGCCAUGGUUUUGGCUGUCGUGGCGGCUGAGAUUCUGAGUCUGUUGAUGUAUACUCAUUAUUCCUCGUGGCAUUAUUCCCUGGGGCACCGGAACUUGAUUGCCGCCAUCAUUGCCGACUGUGUUCUUGUUUACAUUCUCAAAUUAAUCAAAGAGAAUUUUUGGGACCCUAAAGACUGGGAAGAUGCGGCUAUUUUAAGCAUGUGGCUAGCUCUACUCUACCUCGGGUUCCAGAUGCCCCACGUGGUUCACAACACGUACAGCUUCACGCACUUCUUUUUUCACGUAGUACAUAAAUUUGCCAUCAGCUUUGUUAUGCUUUUCGUAAUGGAAAGAUUUAAACGAUAUUGAAUAAAAAAACAAUUAAA